CCUUCUAUUGAAGAGUUUCCUGUCACAGUUUAGCAACCUUUCCAAUGCUCGACAUGUUUAUAACCAAACUUUGUGCUUCACGUGGUUCGUUAUCAAGUAUAGGCAGCUGUGUUUGGCCUUUGUUCACCCGUUCAAAUCGGCACGGCCAGGCUAAGCUGCUCCACACUCAGAUUCCUCAGCUUAACUCUAACAGAGCGUCAGUUGCAUGCUGUGGUCGGCAGAGAUACGAGAGGAUGUAUCCUGUGAUGUUAGUCCGUCCUGAUGGGUCAACAGUCAGCAUCAGAUACAAAGAACCCAGACGCAUCAUAAUGAUGCCGGUAAAUCUGUCUACUCUGUCAGAAGAGGAACGUCGAGUACGGCUGAAGAAAAGAGAAGUGAAGAAGCCUCAAAAACAAACAGGAGUCCAGUAUGAAGAUGAUUUCAAAGUGGACAAAUAUAGCCACUUGUGGAAGAAGAAAUAAGAGUUUUAUAUGCAAAUGCAAAGCAUACUCUUACAGUAUCCAUAAAAAAUAAGUUAUGUGUCUGUGUUUUGUUUUUUGUUUAUUCUUAAGUGAUACUGCAAAAUGUCAGGGAUCACCAACUGAAUUGCGAUUGAAUUGUACUUGGGUAAUGUCCACACCAGUUCAGUUUUUAAUCCCCCUUGAAACAGAGACUUCUGGAAAUACUGCUGAACUUGACAGUAUUUUAGUCUGUAAGGCAGAAACAGACAUUUCAAAACAGCAGACAUUGAUUGGCUUCUUGGAUCUUAGUGAGUCCUUUCAUGAUUUGGCAUACCCAUCACAUAAAAGAAAAUGGCCUUGACUAUGGCUACUGAUGAAUUUUAUAUAUUAGUUGCUGAGCAUGCUAGGGGCAUUUUUGCAGUGAAAGGUAGAAUUUUGUUAUGCUACUACUGCAUGAAAGAAGCAUAGAAGGUAUGUGUCCGUGUAUGUUUUCAGUCAUGUUGCUAUGAACAGUAAAAAAAUAUAUCUUGUUGUUUUAUGUUGCUGUUUCCUUGUUUAUUUUCAAUAAAGUAAAUUGAAAAGUUA